UGAAAACAACUUGUACGAGCAAAAACAAGCGGCUAACUGUCGUGAUCUGCCUUAGCUUGCAGCCUUUAACCUGUCACACGGCAGCGACACUGAGACUAAAUCUGAAACUUUCAGCUGCCGCGGGUGGAAAAACAACGAUGGCAGACGAGGAGAAGCUACCGGCAGGCUGGGAGAAGAGAAUGAGCCGCAGCUCAGGCAAAGUGUACUACUUUAACCACAUCACCAACGCCAGUCAGUGGGAACGACCAAUUGGAGAUGGCCGUGGCGAGCCGGAUAAGGUACGCUGCUCUCACCUCCUGGUGAAGCAUAAUCAGUCACGUCGUCCAUCUUCUUGGCGGGAACAAAAUAUCACACGAACUAAAGAUGAGGCUCUGGAACUCAUUCAGAAGUACAUAGAAGAGAUCAAGUCUGGAGAGGAGAAGUUUGAGUCUCUGGCUUCUCAGUUCAGCGACUGCAGCUCAGCUAAGAACGGUGGAGAUCUGGGGUUAUUUGGCAGAGGUCAAAUGCAGAAGCCUUUUGAAGAUGCCUCCUUUGCUCUCAAAGUGGGAGACAUGAGCGGUCCUGUUUUUACUGACUCUGGAGUCCACAUCAUCUUACGUACUGGUUGAAAGGAAGAAGCCACCUACUGUACUAUCCUCUUACAUACACACAUACACACACACACACACACACACACACACACACACACAGUCCAACCCAACCAGACCUGUGAUUUAUUUUAAUGACACACACCAACCAAUAAACAACAAAGCUUAUAGGCUGAAUCACAUUAUUUUUUAAGUGAGGUCAUUUUGUUCGAGCAUUAUUGAACAUGUAUGAAUAAUUUAAUCACACUGAACAUCACCGAGUAUUGCAGAUUCUUCCUGUUUGGACCUCCCAAGCUUUUAUUAACCACGGCAAUGCCAUCAUAUAAAAACACGAGUGCCUGUGACUCUGUUGAAGUGAGUGCCCCGUGGAAACAGUUUCACACGAUGCGCAAAAUUUGAGAAUACGACUGCAAACGCUUGUGUUUUUGUAUGUGCAUGUCUUCUAAAGGACCAUUUACUGUAUGUUUAUCAUUUCGACUGUGUGUGCCAAAGCAGUUCCUCUAUCUGUAUUAUUGUUUUGGAACAAUAGAUUAAUGAGAUGUUUAAUACUUCCUAGCCACUACAGAAUAUAUUGAGUUCUUUCAUUGACAAUUGGUUUAAAUUUUUUUCAUCCUUUUCGGUAACAUAGUAUAAUUUGUUUUCAUAACCCACUUUAAAAAGUGCAUGUUUCCUCCCCUUUUAGGAUAUGCAAAAAUGGCA